AUGACUAUGAAGCGCGACCAAGUAUUAACCGCCGCAGCGGUCGAGGGUUUGAUUGCAGACGGACAUGUGAUUGUCAUUUUCGAAGACUUUGUCCUCAAGUUGGACUCAUGGCUCGAGAAGCAUCCUGGCGGUCGCCUGGCAAUCCUGCACAUGGUCGGGAAAGAUGCGACGGACGAGAUCAAGGCGUACCAUAUCCCAGCCACGUGGAAGACCAUGAAGGCUUUUCGGAUAGGCCGGAAACCACCUGGAAUCUGGACCAACAAGACGCCGCCGAUCCGGGGUGGCCUUUACCAAAAAGAGGCCACGACCCCACCCUCUGCGACUGCGACACCCGACACCUCGAACGUAGACUCGGUCGACUCGGUGCAGGAGCCUCAAUACGUUUGGCGGGUUUCCGAUGACCCUGCGUCUGCCGGCAAGAAGGUCUUUGCGGGGGAUGCCGCUGCUUACACGGACUGGGUCGAGAAGCAAGAGAUCAAGCAGGACCUGACCGACUAUCCGUCACUGGACCCCGAGGUACAAGAAGGUAUCGCCCGGAAGUACAGAGCGCUGCACCAGAGAGUCCAUGAUGAGGGUUUCUACAAUUGCCCUUACAUCGCCUACGGCAAGGAGAUGGCCCGCUACACGAUCCUCUUCACGGCCUCCAUAGUCGCCCUGCGUUACGGCUGGUACGUGACGUCAGCCUUCUUCCUGGGGCUGUUCUGGCACCAGAUCAUGUUCACCGCCCACGACGCCGCGCACGGCGCCAUCACCGGCAAGUUCGAGGUCGACAGCCUGAUCGCCAUGUUCGUCGCCGACUUCUGCUGCGGCUUGUCCAUCGGCUGGUGGAAGAGCAGCCACAACGUCCACCAUCUCGUUACCAACCACCCUGAACACGACCCCGACAUCCAAAACGUGCCCCUAUUCGCUACCUCUCCUUCCUUUUUCCGUGGCAUCCGCUCCAGCUACUACGACUUCACUUUCGCCUGGGACGCUGUCGCGGACUUCAUGGUGCCUUACCAGAAGUACACGUAUUACCCUGUGAUGGGUAUCGCCCGCUUCAACCUCUACCUUCUUUCGUGGCUACAUGUGCUCUCGGCCAAGUCGGCCUCGCUCGGGAGCAGCAAGGCGUGGUGGAUUCGCCCGGCCGAGAUCGCCAUGAUGUCAUGCUACUGGUACAUCUUCGGCUACCUGUUGCUCUGGUGCACCUUGCCGACCUGGACCAUGCGCGUCGUCUACGUGCUCAUCUCCCACAUCAUCACCAUGCCGCUGCAUGUGCAGAUUACCCUGUCCCACUGGGGCAUGUCGACCGCCGAUGUCGGCGAAUCCGAGUCGUUUGCCCAACGCCAGUUGCGCACUACCAUGGACGUCGACUGCCCGGCGUGGUUGGACUUCAUUCACGGCGGCCUGCAGUUUCAGGCCGUACACCAUUUGUUUCCCCGGGUCCCUCGGCACAACCUGCGCAGGCUGCAGGUGCUGGUGAGGGAGUUUUGUGAGAGCACCAACAUUCCGUACACCCUUCUAGGGUUUGUUGAUGGGAACAGCAAGGUUUUGGGGCGUUUGGGCGAGGUUGGGGAGCAGGUUAAGCAUUUGAUUGAGUGCCAAAAGUACAUGGCGGUGACGGGCGUCAGCGGAUUGCAUUAG